AUUGAAGUUUAAAAAAAAAUGUUUGAAAUCAGUAAAGUUUGUUUCCCCAGGUUUGUACGUGUUUGGCAGUUUUUCUCAUUAUGGAUCCUAGCAGGCUUGUUUUGUCAUGGGCUGAUAACAUCGCACUUUUCUCAAAGUUACAGAGAAAUGAGAAUAUUUCUGGAUUCGAGUUUUACAACUGAUUUACCGUACAUUUAUUUUACACUUGACAUAUCUCUCUUCGUCGUGGUCAUGUUUGGCUUUUGUAUUAUAUGCAAGCUGGCCUGCAACGCUAAUUUGUCCAACGCUGACAACUCCAAAUUAUUCUGGCUAUUUGUUAUAAUCCCUAUCAUCAGUAUGUCUUACAUUGCACUAAGCUUGCUGUGUCUUUACUACAGACAUACAGACAGUGUUAAGUUUCAACAGGAGAUGGUGCACGCAAUGGUGAAUUACCCGGAUGGCAAGUUAGCAAAUCAUUUGGAUUGGCUUCAGUUAAACUAUACUUGCUGUGGCAUCAACGGCUCUAGGGACUGGAUUGAACUGUCCACAUACCGUAAUAAUAAACUUAUCCCAAUAAGUUGCUGUGUACACCAUUCUGAACUGUUGUGUACAUACCAUGAAAACAAAACUUUAAAUUCAAAUGAAACAAAUGGCCUAAUGUACAGAACCAAUGGCUGCUUAAUUACGUUUAAAAAUACUUACAGAAAAGAAUAUUUUAACUUAUUAUUACUAGGAGUCAUUGCGAGUGUCUUAUGUAUGAUUUAUUCAAUCGGUAUUCGGCUCAUUCAAACUGGUGAGAGGAUUUUUCGAGCAGAAAAUAAGUAUAAAUGUUGGAUAAUAGGCUGGGCCCCUGUGACGAAAUUUGGGUAUUUUCCUCGAAAGGAUAUUUUUAGUAAGUGGAGCUUCAAGGAUGGUAAUAUUCUCUCACCAGAGCUUGAACUGUCUGAUGACAAUAUCUAUCCGCAAGUAAGUCAGUUAGAAGCGCUAAAGGCGGUGAUGCAAGUCAGAGAACAAUAUUAUAAACCGGAUCUCAUUCCAUUUGAGAAACUUACAAAAAUUUAAUAAAUUAUCACUCUGAUAAACUUAUUAUUUUUUUUGAAUAGAUCAAGUUUGGGAGAAUGA